AUGCGGACAGUUUGUGAUGUUGGUGAAAUGUUUCAAGUAUUGGAGAACAGAAUUGCAAACAACUUUAUUCCAGCUUUAACCGGCAGAGAAUCUUGCUCCAACGAGGAAAGAUCACUGCUGUCCCUGCCAACACGUCAUAGCGGUCUCAAUCUUCCUAACCCUGUUGAUCUUGCCGAAAUUCAACACGAUGCAUCGUUGAAGCUCACCGAACCGUUAAAGAAGAUGACUGUAAGCCAAAUAACGACUUAUGAAAGACUACAAGUACAUGAAAUAAAGGCAGAGCUACUACGACAAAAGAAUGAAUACCACCAACAGUUAGCCUCCGAUGUUCGGAAAACUUUGUCACCACAAAAGCAACGGAUCAUGGAUUUACUGAAGGAAAAAGGUUCAUCAUCAUGGUUAUCUGCGCUACCUCUGAAAGAUCAUGGAUUUAGCUUAAACAAAGGCAAAUUUCGCGACGCCUUAUGUCUCAGAUAUGAUUGGCAGCUCAGAAAUCUUCCCCAGUACUGCAUAUGCGGAAAAGGGUUUUUGACUGAUCAUGCCAUGAUCUGUAAUCAUGGAGGUAUGACAAUAGCUCGGCAUAAUGAAAUCCGGGAUCUAACAGCAGGUUGGUUAAAUGAAGUUUGUAGAGAGACAGAAACUGAACCGCAACUAGAGCCCCUUACAGGAGAAAUUAUUCUACCUCGAUCUGCAAACAAGCAAGAUGACGCCCGAGUUGAUAUUAAGACCAUCGGUUUCUGGGGACGACAACAAAGCGCAUUCUGUGAUGUUCUGAUUUUCCACCCAAACGCGCCAAGUUAUCGCAUAACACCAGUGUUGCUGCUUUAUUCCGAAAACAUGAGUUGGAUAAGAAAAGAGAAUAUGGUGAGCGCGUGAGAGAGGUGGAAAACAGUUCUUUUACACAGCUGGUCUUCUCAACGACAGGAGGUACUAGCAGAGAAACUACUGUUGUCUAUAAGAGGCUUGCUGAUCUCCUUGCAAACAAACUGAAUUAG